AUGUCGAAACCAGCCCCCAAGAAGGCGCUGGCCCAGCCGCCCCCCGGCUGCACCCUGGACAUUAAUGACCCGCAGGUGCAGAACGCGGCCAUCCGCAUCCAGGCCUCCUACCGGGGACACAGGUCCCGCAAGGAGCUGAAGGAGAAGGGCCCCCCGCGGGUGCUGCAGGAGCUGAAGGACGUGGUGCUGAUCGAGGGCAGCGCCGCCCGGCUGGAGUGCCGGAUCAGCGCCUUCCCCGACCCCUUCAUCCGCUGGUCCAAGGACGGGAAGGAGCUGAAGGAUGGGCCCAAGUACCGCUACAUCUUUGAGGACCCCAACAUCGUGGCGCUGGUGGUGCGGGAUGGCGAGCUGGCCGACCUGGGCCGCUACACCAUCGCCGUGAAGAACACCUUCGGGGAGUGCUUCGACUCCGCCCGCAUCCUGGUGGAAGUCCCUGCCAAGAUUGAGAAGGGGCCGGAGAGCACCAAGGUGAAGAAAGGCGCCACGGUCACCCUGAUGGCGCACAUCAGCGGCGAGCCGGCACCCGACGUGGGCUGGGCCAAGGAUGGGGAGGACAUUGAGGAGGACGACAGGGUAUUCUACGACAUCGGCAGCAACUCAACCACUCUCACCAUCAAGCGGGUGGCCGCGAGCGACGCCGGAAAGUACGAGGUCUUCGUGGAGAACAGCCUGGGCACAGACGAGUCCUUCGCCCGCCUGGACGUGCUCUGA